CUGUUUAUAUGUAGUUGCCUUUGAAAGUGUCUUUAUUUUGUGUUUGUGCAUGUGUGUAUGUAUUUUUAUGUAUGUAUGUAAAUAGGCAGCCAUGAAAGUCCUUGUCUUUGGUGUCUGGUUCCCUCAGUGGGGGCGGGGGGGGGGGGACAGAAAAAGGCAGAGUGGGGGGAGAGCUGUAUCCCUUUAAAUCUCCCUCAAGUCACUUCAGAUGGAGGGGAGGGUCUUUGCAACAGUGGGGGAGGUGCAGCAACCAUGGCUGCCUUUCUGUGUUUGCACCUCUCUGAUAGGAAGGAGCAAGCUAUCAGAGCACACAUUUCCAAUGUUUACAGGACAGGUUGUUUUUGCCUACCCUGGCUCCUGCAAGACUAUUGCAAGCCACUCCAGAAACACUUGCAGGUGGCUGGGUGUAGGGGAUGGGCUAAGAGCUGAAAUUGGUUGAAAUUAACCUCAGUUGACUGCCCAAGUCUUCCUCCAGAAGUUGGAAUCCUUCAAUAGACUCCAGGUUUCCAAAACAGUUACAGUCGAUGGGUCCUGCCAGCACAGCCAUUUUUUGGUGGGGAGGUAGGUUCCCGGUGCUUCCUGCUUCACCAUCUUCUCAGAACCCUGCAGGCGACGUUAGGUUUUGUCCUUAUCUUUUUGCCUUGCUCCCCCACUACACUCUUCCAGAGGGGAAGAACCCUGUUGCUCUCUUAUCACUGCUUCUCAGGAUACAUGCUUGACACUUGUGGUAAAGCCUCAGUUAACUGGCCUUUCCUGAAAUUCCUGUUUGCCGUUGCUCUCACUGAGGGAUGCUCAGGAAAGAGAGGGAGGCAGAGACUGUACUGGGUUGGACAGUGUCCCCUCCCCAAUUAAUUUCUAUCUGGAACCUGUGAAUGGGGCCUUCUUUGGCAAAAGGGUCUUUGCAAGAUGUCAUAAAUGAAAAAGGAUGGCAUACUGGAUUCCGGUGGAUUGGUGAUUGGUUGUCCGUGUAAGUCGGCCAUGUGUAGAUGGAGGCAGAGAUUGGAGUGAUGCAUCUACAAGCCCAGAACCACUGGCAGCCACCAGAAGCUGGAAGAGACAAGGAAGGAUUCUUCUUGCCCUGGAAGGAGCAUGGCCCUGCUGAUACGUGGAUUUUGGACUUUGAGCAUCCAGGAUUGUGAGAGUGAAUUUCUGUUCUAGGUUGUCUAGUUUGUGGACUUUGUUAGGGGAGCCUGGGCAGACGAAUACAGGGACGAGGGCCAGGAGGCCAUGCCUCUUAAGGUUAACUCACAAGACUAUGGAAUUCUUCACACUUUUGUGUCCUGAGUAUGGAGCCAUGGAACUGUGGGUCCCAGCAAAAGGCUCUCUUGGGGGACAUCAGCCCACUUGCUGACUCAUGUGCAUCAUGUGUGUGUGAAGCUGGGCUUCUGUGACAAGCCUGGCUUUCUGACAACAGUGGUCUAUGAGAACAGUCACAGAUUCAACAAGGGCACUUGGUCGGAUCAGCCAGGACGUCUGUCUCCAACUUCAGAACGAGUGACAUGUGCCGAAGUCCUGGGGUCCCUCCAGCAUGUGAGGACAUGUCAGGCCACUCUUUGGGGGGUUCCCGACAUGUUUUGCACCCCCCCUCCUCCGCCCAGUGGUUUUGCUUUUGUUUCUCUAGCUCUGGAAGGUUCCCAGCUGUGAGGGAAGAUGCCAGCCCCGAGUAGGGUACUGUUGUCACCCACAAGCCUCCAUGUGAGCUAGACAUUUACUGGCAUCCACAUGGGGCUGGGCCUGGAGCCUGGGGCUGGAGUGUGGAGCCAGAGCCCCCUGAGCUGGAGGACAUGCUGCCGUGCUGUCUAUAGAGAUGCACGUGUCCACGCUGUCUCCCGCUGACCAGUGAGGAAGGACCCUGGGAACGCAGGUCUUGCCUGAGGUGUUCCGGCCCCAAGAGGACGCAGGGAGGCUGUACUGCAUGGAGGCACCAGGGCUGCAGUGGCUUCUUCACCUGAUCACUCCAGUGGCUGCCAACCCUGAAAUUGAAAGACUUUCUGAGCAGUUAGAAGAAAAAGAGAAGGAGAAGCAGCAGCUGAUGAGCCAGCCGGAGCAUGAGCGAGAGAAGGAAGUUGCCCUGCUGCGGCAGAGCGUGGCAGAGAAGGAACGAGCCCGGGCUGCCAGCGACAUCCUGUGCCGCUCCUUGGCUGAUGAGACCCAUCAGCUGCGGAGGACUCUGGCCGCCACUGCCCACAUGUGCCAGCAUCUGGCCAAGUGUCUGGAUGAACGACAGCGCACACAGGGGGACUUGAGGGAGAAAAGUCCUGAGCCAGAGCGUACAGGCGGGGACACCUGUGUCCGGGAUGUUAUCGAGAAGUUACAGGAAGAAAAUCGACUGUUGAGACAGAAGGUGACCCAUGUAGAAGACCUUAACGCCAAGUGGCAGCGCUACGAUGCCAGCAGGGAUGAGUAUGUGAGGGGGCUCCACGCGCAGCUUCAGGGGCUACAGGCCCCCCGUGAGCCCGAGAGACCCUCCCCUCCUGAGCUGAUGAGGAAGGAGAUCUCCAGGCUCAACAGGCAGCUGGAGGAGAAGAUAAAUGACUGUGUGGAAGUGAGGGAGGAGCUGACGGCUGUGAGGAGGGCCCGUGAUGCGGCGCUGGAGCGGGUGCAGAUGCUGGAGCAGCAGAUUCUUGCUUACAAGGAUGAUUUCACCUCGGAAAGGGCCGAUCGAGAGCGUGCUCAGGGGAGGAUUCAAGAGCUGGAGGAGCAGGUGGCCGCCUUGCGGCACCAGGCGUCCCGGAGGCAGGACUGCCGAGAGCGGGGCUCCUGCCGGACGCACACGGGGAGCAAAACCCCCAAGUACUUAGAGACCAGUGUCUUGGAGCUUGUGGCACCCAGUGGCCGGAGGGCCGGGACUGGAUCUCAGGGGCCGGACUUCUCCGCAGAGGGCAGGUGUCCUGGAGCAACGACCCGGAGAGGGCAGGGGGAGCUUCAGUGCCCUCACUGCCUGCAGCACUUCGAUGACGAGCAAGGCGAGGAGCUCUUCAGGCAUGUGGCCGAGUGCUGCCAGUGAGGCCCUGAGGCUGGAGCUACCUGUGACCCUGUGGCUUCUGAGGGGGCUCGGCCCUGGGCGGGGGCAAGAUCCCCUGAGACCCAGGACCCAGCACAGGUUGAGGGGGUUUCUGAUCCUUCACCUUGGUCAUCCUUGGGCGGUGGAACAGACCAAGUUGGAGGGAACUUCUCGUGGGGCGUCUGCCUCUGGGAGGGCCUGGCUUGGCUUCUGGUAUGGAGUGUGCCCCUCUCUGCCCCCCGCCGGCCGGCUGUCGGGUCAAGACCAGGAGCAGGGGGCGCACGAACGCUCACAGGCAACACGACAGCCCCAGUGAGCCUGCGCCUGGGCCGCUGCAGCUCGCUGGGAAGAGGUGGCUGCCUGCAGGGACCACGUGUGUGGGCCCCCGGUUCUGUUGAGUCGGGACAAGGUUUGUAGACUGAGCCCUGUGGCAACACAUCGCACACGAGGACUAUUCUCGGCCACCGCAGAGACACGUGUCCUCACUGAAAUGCACUGCAAUAGCGUUUGCCACAUAUCUCAAAGUCAAAAGAUAUUUCACAUUUACUUAUUUUUAUAAUAAAUACACUUGCUAUGGUGA